AGGGUUUAUCCAUCUUCCACCGUAGAAACUCUCCUACACAAUGACCCUCGAUUUCAGUUCUAGGGUUUUGUACUCUCAUGAUUCAGCAUUCUAGGGUUUACGAUUCGUUCGGAGACAGAGAAAGGGAGAAGUUUCUUUCAGAGGAGCUGUGAAAUGGAAGCUAGAGUCGGGGUGUCCGGGAAUCGAGGUGUGGUGGACGGUGGUGCGAGGAAGUUCUUGCACCGCCACCACCCCCAGGAACAGGAACAGGAACAGCAACAGCCUGUGCAUCAACAGUCGCAGAUGGGGACUGUGCAUCAGCUUCUUGCCGGCGGUAUUGCUGGAGCUUUUAGCAAGACCUGUACGGCACCUCUAGCUCGGCUCACCAUUCUCUUUCAGGUACAAGGAAUGCACUCCAAUGUUGCAGUGAUGAGCACACCUAGCAUAUGGCGCGAGGCUUUGCGCAUUGCUAAUGAAGAAGGUUUAAGGGCAUUUUGGAAAGGAAAUCUUGUUACGAUUAUUCAUCGUCUUCCUUAUACUUCAGUCAACUUCUAUGCCUAUGAACGCUACAAAACUUGGUUAAAAUCAAUUCUACGCCCGGAGGAUCACAGGAGAAGUACAAGUGCAGAUAUUUGCGUGCAUUUUAUAGGUGGUGGUUUGGCAGGAACAACAGCUGCUUCUGCCAUGUAUCCAUUGGAUCUUGUCCGGACACGCCUUGCAGCACAGACAAAUGCAAUGUACUACCGUGGGAUUUGGCAUUCACUUCAUACCAUUUGCAGAGAUGAAGGUUUUUUUGGCCUGUAUAAAGGACUUGGAGCUACAUUGCUGGGUGUUGGACCCAGUAUAGCAAUAAGCUUUUCUGUUUAUGAGACCUUAAAAACUUAUUGGCAUUCUCAGAGGCCGGAUGAUUCCACUGUUGCUGUUGGUCUUGCUUGUGGAAGUCUUUCAGGUAUUGCAUCAUCAACAGCGACAUUUCCUCUGGAUCUUGUCAGGCGAAGGAUGCAAUUGGAAGGGGCAGCUGGGCGAGCCCGUGUCUACAACACUGGCUUACUUGGGACAUUUAAGCACAUAUUCCACAUGGAAGGCAUGCGCGGCUUUUAUAGAGGGAUUAUGCCAGAAUACUACAAGGUUGUUCCGGGUGUAGGAAUUGUUUUCAUGACAUAUGAAGCUUUGAAGAAACUUCUAUCAAAUGAGCCUUUUAAUUGAAGUUAACAUUGCAUCUUGAUACUGCCUUUACAGUAAGUUUUGUACCUCGUCUUUUUCCAGAAAUAGGUGGAAGAGAGGACCAAUUUUGGUUUAGUUAGAUAAAAAGGUUGGUAGAAGAUUAGUUAUUUUAUGGGGUACUACUUGCUUAGAUAUUCAAUGGUGGCAAAUUUUGUGGUUGCUGUCGCAAACAAUAUUUUUCUUGAUGUACAGACUAUUUAAUAGUGUGGUGUCACACUUCAAAUGUAUCCCCUUCCAACAUGUUUUAAAAUCUUCGAUUUUCU